CGUUUUCGACUCAAAACUGACAUUCACGGCACAUGCAGAAUAUCUAAAAUCUAAAAUAACUCAAAGCACCCAAGCCCUCGGCAUGUUUUCCGGGGUCAACUGGGGCAUCAAGGGGACACAAUUCAGAGAUAUUUAUAUCAGAGGAAUAGAACGAGCAAUUACGUACGCCGCCCCCGUAUGGUGGAAAAAUACAAACAAUUCGCACUUGGCCAGAAAGCUACAGUCAGUACAAAGAACGCCGCUUUUGAAAAUAACUAAAGCAUACCGCACCGUUAGCAAUAUCAACCUUAAUAUUCUCUCAAACAUUAUGCCAAUAGCACUAACACUCGAUAAAGAAGCCGCGUCAUUUCACUUGUUUCAGAGAAACAGUGACCACACUAUACUUGGGACGACCUGGGAGACGGAAAAAAUCCAAAAACUGUUAGAUCCCUGGGAUACGCACCCAGCAGAAAAAACAGCUGUAUCAUUCUUUAAAAAAGCGCCUAGCACUGCUCAGCUUAACAUCUUCACAGAUGGAUCUGUCUGUAACCAGACGGUAGGAGCAGCAUUUAUAAUACUAGAUGAAUCGGAAAAAUCAAAUAAGAAAGCAAUGUACAAAUUAGAAAAGCACGCAACAAUAUAUGAUGCCGAAAUGAUUGCAAUUCUGAAAAGUCUGGAAUACAUAUCAACUUUUCAAGACAGUACAACCUUUAACCUAUUCACGGAUAGCCUAUUCACACUGCAGGCCCUAGCUAACCCCCACAAUAACCAUCCAAUAAUUCAACUCAUAAAAAAUACCAUUAAAACAAUUCGAACAAUGCAUAGUAUAAAUCUAAUGCAUGUGAAAGGCCACACUGGGGUGGAGGGAAACGAAUUGGCAGAUAAACUAGCAAAUAAAGCGCGAACUCAUGGAGAACCGGUAGCGUUACCCAUGGGAAAAAACUAUGUCAAAAAAGAAAUCAAAAUUCAACUCUUUAAAGAAUGGGAUCAGCGAUGGAAAGAGGAGGGGCAAAACUCCGAAUUGAGUACAUGGAUCCCUAGUAUAUACGAUAUACCAGACAAUUUUCCAGCAAACUUUUACGUCUCACAGGUCGUCACCAAUCAUGGCAGGCUGCCUUAUUACCUCUAUAGAGUGAAACUGUCUCCCGACCAAAACUGCUUCUGCGGGAGGCAGUGCGUUAAUUUCCUACACUAUCUUAAUGAAUGCCCGUUACUAAAACCUCUCGCGGAACAAGUGUACAGUUUACUGCCCGGCAAAGUGACCACUGUCACGGAUAAAGAUAAAAUUAACAUUCUAAAAAACCAAAAAAUUCUUAAACUAAUUGGAGAAAUGUUAAAUCUCAUUGGGGCAAAAUUAGGCACAUUAGAACGAAGAGGGCUAACAUAACAAAAAAGUGAUUGCCUGUCGGAAAAAGCGGGCACAGUGCAAUAAUCGGUGAGCGUCCCCGCCCGCACCACAGGUGCAAAGUGCUCUGCACCUUCCGACACGCAACACGUACCCAGGCACUUCCUGGCGCACAGGGAAGAGGGAAGGGAUGGGAGGGAUGGGGGAAGGGAACUCACAAACACACAGACACACUCACUUGCACAACAACAGGAAGGUGAAACCCGGGAAUACUCCCCCAUGCAGCGGUGCCCCCGCCCACGCUACCCUCCAAAACCCCGUACUGAUGGGUAAGGUACGGGGAAGGGGUGAGGCAACGGUGAAUAGCCCCUCACCAUGGAGUGGAGGUACUCGAGCUCCAGCACAUUGGCAACCCAAUGCCAAGAGCAGGGCCAUCUGGGGAGGUUCGCGGCCACCUUCAAACAUUAACUGCUACACACCAGGUAGUGUUGGGGGCCCUGGGGGUUCCCGCGCUCGGGGUGCGGGCUGGGCCCGCGGUUUGCCGCUGUCUUCUCCGGCCAGAUGGGGCUGUCAUUAAGACAUGCAGUGCCCGCUGCGGCUCCUUGGCCACAAGGGGCGAGCAGCGGGCACCUCGGGGGCCGUGAGGCAGCGGUGGGACGUGGGUCGGGUGCGCGCCGGGGGCGCGGGGAUUUCUGUGGCCCUCUCUGGCACUCCCACAUAACAUAAAAUACGAUACCAAGUAGCAUACACCACAACAGCAAUGGCGACGUGGCGCGAGUACAGGCGUAAGCGGCGCCCCCGCAGAUGGGCGUUCAGGUGGGCCCGCCCCUUCAGCAGAUGGGUGGAGGGGAGGGGCCCACUGGACGCGGCUGAAAGCUCGGGAAGAGCAGGGCCGCUUGUCUCGGCCCGGGAACCAUUUACAUAAACUAGUAUAAUGGGGACACCUACAAAUAACACGAAUGUAUACGCACAACCAAACAUAAGACUGCCGCAUACACUGCCCCCAAGGCCUCGGUCGAUGACAGCGGUGCCCCCGCCGGACCCGCUCCACAGCCACAGCCCAGGCAGCCUGCUGGGGCGGAGAGGCCGGGAAACCGGCCUCUCUGAUCUAGCAGGUGUGGGGGUCAGGGGGACAAAGCCCCGACCCUGUGCUCUGGAAGUUCCCUCCCCUUGUUGAGAGAGUGACGAGGGGGGGACGACCAAAGUUACGGCCGAGGGACAGGGCCAUAUGCCGGGACCAUGGGGGCCUGCAGUCAAAAGACAAAGGGAGGACAGGGAAAGAGGGAGUAGGAACACAAAAAGGGGAGGGGAGGGGGAGACUAAUGAAGGCCUUUCUUUUCAGCACCCUCGCGAUCCCCACCCGAAGACAGACAGCAACCCCGAUUCGACCAUAAAAUUGUUUAUUCCUCAAGAAGCCUGUAAUCAAGAACCAACUACCGCCGACCAUCAUCCAGCAAGCCGUCCAGAUCCAUAAUUCGACCAUAGAACUGUUAAAACAUCAAGCAUCAUGUAAAAAGAACUUUCAACAACCAUCGUCAACUAGCCCGAAACGCCACUCAAGAGAAGUCAUCAGAGAAGAACUGGGGGGGAGGGAGAUACAUUUUAGUAAUUGUUUAGUCCAGGAAGUAGCAUGUAAAAGGGGGAGGGAUUUUAGAAAAGGCUUUCAUUAGUGUGUACAUUGAUAUGUAUAUAUUUUUCUUUAUAUCUUUCACAUAUUUCAC